AGCAGACCAGCAGGACGCUGCUGCCUUUAAAGACACGUGAUGUUAUUCCAUCUUAGCUUUCUUUUAGCUGGUGUAUAAAACGCCCUGCUCUUUUCAGACGCUCCCUUACAGUCUCUGCGCUCUGGAGCGCUCAGCUCAACUCAGCUCAGAUCAGCUCGGCCACUUACAGGAAGAAGAACAUUCAGAAACGCAAUUCCAGUGAUUUUUCUCUCCUGAACGGGAAAACGAAGCUGUAGUUUUGGUGAUUUUUACCUGCGACAGAACGUCACCUCCACUGUGCGCGCGUGCGGGCGUGCGCGCGUGUAUAUGUGUGUGAGGCUCGUGAGUGAGUGAGGCGCGUGGUCGAGGAGCUCCAGCGAAAGUUUGUUGCUCUCAGAGUAAAAACGCAGUGAAAGCCCAGUUAAGGGGUCCUACAGAUCAGAGUGAGGCUGUUCUGCUGACCACACGAGGUGAAUGGGAGCUCUGCUGGACCCAAACUGACCCCUCACACCUCCAUUUACACACACCAGAGAAGAAAAACAAGAAUGUGAAGCGGUCAGUCACUGUGCACAUGGACAACUCCUCUUCUGCCGUUCUCCCCUCUUGCACCUACAACGAGGACUUCAAGCGCUUUCUCCUGCCCAUCGUCUACAGCGUCGUCUUCAUUGUGGGCCUUCCGCUCAACAUCGCGGUCAUUCUGCGGAUAUGGAGCACGCGCCGGGCACUGAGCCGCAACAACAUCUACAUGCUAAACCUGGCGGUGGCUGAUUUUCUAUACGUCUGCUCACUGCCUUUGCUAAUCUACAACUAUGCUAGCUGGGACUACUGGCCUUUUGGGGACUUCACCUGUCGGCUAGUUCGCUUCCAGUUCUACAGCAACCUUCAUGGUAGCAUUUUCUUCCUCACCUGCAUUAGCUUCCAGCGCUACCUGGGCAUUUGCCAUCCAUUGGCCCAGUGGCCUAGAAAGGGAGGCCGUAGACUAGCCUGGGUGGUUUGUGCUUGUGUCUGGGUGACCGUGGCCGUGCUAGUCGCUCCGACUUUCGAGUUUGCGGCCACAGGAAUCCAGAGAAACCGCACGGUUUGCUAUGACCUUAGCGUGCCUGAACGUUCUGCCCAGUAUGUUCCAUAUGGACUGGCCCUGACCUGCUUGGGCUUUCUGGUGCCCUUCCUGAUCAUAGUGAGGCUUUACUGCAGUAUGGCGCGGGUGCUGUGCCGCCCUGCGGAAGCUAGAGGCGAAGCAGCUGAAGAAAAGAAGAGCAAAGCGGUCAAAAUGAUCAUAAUCGUGGUGAUAGUGUUCGCCAUCAGCUUCCUGCCGUUCCACGUGACCAAAACGCUAUACCUGUUGGUUCGGACCAUGCCCACAGCACCCUGCGAGCUGCGGAACCUCCUGGCCGUCAUCUACAAGAGCACCAGGCCCUUUGCCAGCAUGAACAGCGUGCUGGACCCCAUCCUCUUCUACUUCACACAGUCCAAGUUCAGAAAAGGCACACGUAGCCUCCUGCUCAAGAUCAACACGCUUAGGGAGAAGAUCGGCUGAAGCGAUAGGCCAAAAAUCUCAUUUAAACAGUUUUCCCAUUACCCAAAAAGUAGUUAAUCAGCUAAGACAUGUUUGGUGUCUGAAGUUUGCUUCCUUAGUUUUGCACUGGAGCUACAAGGCUAAUGUAGCUAACAAAUAAUGGAAGCUAAUAGUCACCAAACCGCAUACCAAAAUCACAAAUGUAUACUUUUGUCCUUUUUUAAGGACAUUAUGUGCCAGAAAACAUAUUAGCAUGAUUAUUUAAAAUCAUUAACUUGGUUUUGAAGCAUGUGUUUGAUGACUCAAGCAUGCAGUUGACACAAAGCUAAUGACUAUAAACUCUCAUUUGUUGGCUAUGUUAGCAUUGUAGUUUCACCUGAGAAAAGCCUGUGUGGGUUUGACACUUUAUGACCUAAUAUAAUUAUGAUAUAUAUAUAUAUAUACACCGAUCAGGCAUAACAUUCUGACCACCUCCUUGUUUCUACGCUCAUUGUCCAUUUUAUCAGCUCCACUUACUAUAUAGGUGCACUUUGUAGUUCUACAGUUACAGACUGUAGUCCAUCUGUUUCUCUGCAUACUUUGUUAGCCCCCUUUUACCCUGUUCUUCAGUGGUCAGGACCCCCAUGGACCCUCACAGAGCAGGUACUGUUUGGGUGGUGGAUCAUUCUCAGCACUGCAGUAACACUGACGUGGUGGUGUGUUAGUGUGUGUUGUGCUGGUCUGAGCGGAUCAGACACAGCAGUGCUGCUGGAGUUUUAGAGAAGGCUUACCAGUAAUAGUGACGGUUCACCACAGCAUAUUAAUAUCUAUAAAAAUGUACAAAAGUAUAAGUUUGUGAUUACUGGUAUGCGGUUUGGUGGCUUUAAGCUUAUAUUACUUAUUAGCUACAUUGGCCUCGUAGCUCCAGUGCAAAACCAAAGAAGGAAACUUCAGACGCUGGUCAGCUAAUGGAAUAACAUUUGGGGUAAGGGAGGGAAACCAUGGACAUUUGGUUUUUGGCCAGACCAUCUAUAAGUGGGAGAAGGACACAGCUCGUAUCAGAGCUUCUGGGCUAAAGGAACUCCAAAAUUCCAGCCCAGAGAAGUAUGGGUUCCACUUAUGAGUCUUGGUUCCUUUCAGUGAUUCCUCCUCAUACUGAGUUUUUCCUGAUAUUCUGUCUGGGUGAUGCCCAUUAGGGGGCGCCCACAGCACCCACACUUCUGGACAAGCUGCUUUGGGACAGUGAAUAUCUUGGCAUUAUCUUGAAAACAUCUGAAAUCUAGUCAGUAUAUCUAGUGUGUCUUUUUGUGAUACUGUUGUGAGAAUAUUAUGAAAUUUAUCAACAUAUUUCUAGGUGUUUUUAUUAAGUCAUUUUAUCUAGAGAAAAUGUCAUUCCAUGGGCUGACCAUUUUUUGAAAUGAGCACAUAAUUAGACAAUUUCAUCAGAUAAAACGUUAAAACAAGUAAAAAAUAUCUAGAAAUGAGUUGAAUAAUCUUAUAAUAUUCAUACAGCAAUCUAAAAUAAUCCACUUGCCAAGAUAUUUUUUUUGCAGCGCGAACAUGAAGAGAACGAGCAAUAAAAAAGCUCAAGUGAGAUUAUUGUAAGCUUAAAUGAACGAGUUUCAUAAAAGUACAGUGAAACAUAUCAUAUCGCUGUUGUC